AUGGCGGAUGACCGGGCAGUCUUGGCCCUUUGCGACCGGAUCCACAGUCACAACAAGGCGCUUCCACGGGUCAAACAGGAGCCAGAAGACAUCGAAGAAGGAGGUCAAACCUUCUGUAAAACCCACUCCUCAGAAACUCUAACACUGUACUGUCUCCAGUGUAAGGUACCGGUUUGCACGGCAUGCCUGGACGAGAGCCACCCCGGGCACCGCAUGGUGACGUUCAAAAAGGCGGUUCAGGACCACAGAGCGGCGGUGAAGGCCUUCUUGAAGCGAGGAUGGAAGCUUGUCGACAAACACUGUGACUUCAUCAAGGACCUGCGUACCGCAGAGGGCACCCUGCAGCAGCAGAAGCACCACAUCUCUACCAGCAUAGCCGACGCGUACAAAAAGAUGUUGGACAAACUGAUGGAGAUGAAGGACCAGAUGUUGGAGGAGGUUCAGGAGAAACACCGACAGAACAUGGAGGCGGUCGCGCGCGCCAGGACCCCGGUACUGGCCCAGCUCUGCCAACUGGUCGUCACGUGUAGCCACGUGGAACGGACGCUGGCGCAACAGCGGGCAGAGUUCUCCGUAGAGGAGAACCGGCUGUUUCAGGCGGUGGGGAAUAUUUCCGAGGGGCUGGACUUGAGUUUAGUAGAUCCGAAGCUGGUGUCGCUGGAUGCGAAGGUGGCGCAGUUGCUACAGUACAACAGUGUGUACGAAAGUCUAACACCAGAUGACCCCCGGAUGACAUGA